GCAUAACCCAUUUUCAUGUCAGAAAAACAUUUGGGACACCCGAGAGAAACACACAAAAAAGAAAGAGUAGAGAAAAAGAGAAUCAACAACAAUGGAAACGAACCCUCUUCCUCUAAAUAUUUCCCAUGUCCAAAAAACCUCUCUCAUCAUCAACAGAACACACUCUGUCCUCCACUCCACAGCCCUAGCAACUCUAAUCUACUACAGAUCUUCCAGCAUCUUUCAGACCCUCAAAACCGGAGACAAACCCAUCUUCCCAUUACUCUUUCUCUCCUUCGCUGAACUAAUUCUCUCUUUCAUUUGGGUUCUCGGCAUAGCAUACCGGUGGCGGCCCGUCUCGCGGACUGCCUUCCCGGAUCGAUUGCCGGAAGAUGAAGAACUUCCGGCAAUCGACGUGUUUAUUUGCACGACGGACCCGAAUAAAGAGCCGAGUGUGGAGGUGAUGAACACAGUGGUUUCAGCCAUGGCUAUGGAUUAUCCAGUGAAGAAGCUGUGUGUUUAUCUUUCAGAUGAUGGUGGUUCGGAUGUGACUUUGAAUGCCAUGAAAGAGGCUUGGAGGUUUUCAAAGUGUUGGGUUCCUUUUUGUAGGAGGUUUGGAGUUGAAACAAGAUGUCCAGAGGCUUAUUUUUUGGAGGAAAAUCAUGGGAAGAAGGAUUGGAGG